CUCUAGUUCGUCCAGUUCUAACAUGGCGGACAUGGCGGAUGGCGGAUGAAUUUGUUACUCAAGGUUUUCACAUUAUCGCUAUCACGAUACAUGGUUAUAAGAAUCAAUAAUGAAUGAUUUAGAUGACAACGGCGUAGAUGCCGAUCCCUCAUCAACGUGGAUUUUGUUACAGAUUGGAGAUUCAGGUGAAGAUUUUGCGGUAUUGAGUUGUGCUCUUGGCAUAUCGGCGGGAGAAAGCGCCAAGUGAGAUAGCGACUGACUAGAAUUCAGGACAAAAGUAGUUGGGAAGUUUGUACAACUUAACAGUAGUUCAUUUUAACCCUCAAAAAAGAGAAUUUUCUCCUUUGCUAAAUAUCCCCCGUCCCCCAAAUUCAAUGUUGGGAUAUAACAGAAAUGAGAACAAUUGCACACACAAACAUUUACGUUUUGCUCCACAUUGGGGCAGAUGCGGGGGAAAGAAGGAAAAAAAAGUAAGUAAAAAGUAGCAGCCUUCCCAACACUUUUGAUGUUGAUUAUGGUUUAUUUAAGCUUAUUUCAUGAGAAAAUUUUGGAUGGAUCUUUUGUUUCCAAGAAGGGAAUGGGCAGGAAGAGAUAAAGAAUGAAGGCAUUGAUGGUUUAAUUAAUUCAGUAUAACUUUUACAAGUGUAUAUAAACCAACUCUCCCGGAUUAUCCAGGCGUCUCCUGAAUAUGGCACCGAUCUUCCACUCUCCCGUAUGGGUUACCCAUCUUUUGAGCUAAUCUCUGUGCUUCAGUUUGAGAUUUAGUCCAUUUUUUCCUCAAAAUUUGAAUUCUUUUUUAUUUUUGUAGCACGGCUUCUGGGGCAUUUUUGCGCAUAUUUAGUCACUGACAAAGAUUAUUUUGGCAUUAAAUUAAUGGUCGUGUAUUUGUAUAGUAUGUAAUUCAUGAAAGACUUCAGAUAUUGUCCUGAGCCAUUCCCACUUGGGACUGGGUCAAUUUGUCGCGAGGGGGGUCCUUUGAAAUUCGGGGGGUGGGGUUAAAGGAGAGAGUCUACAGAUUUUAGAUCUCCAGAGGUUAGCAUCUCUGCAAGUGUAAUUGACAAGUGUUGCUAUCAUAUUUGUAUGGGUAAUAGCAUGAUUUGUAAUGAUAUUUGGUAUAAAUUUGGCAUAUUGUUAUAUGUAAUUUUAUGAGCUGUUAGGCGAGUGAAAUUUGAGACAAUUUUGAAGUAUCACUAGUGGUAUUUAUGCCAAAUAUCACGUACAAAUCAUGCUAUUAUUUGUUUAUACUACUACCUGCAAAAGGUUUGUAAUUUUCACAUGUAGGUAUUUUAAAUUAAGCUGAAAUACCACUGCUCUAAGCUAAUCAAAUUGCAGAAAUUUCUCAUGUAGUAGUAUAAGGAACAUAAAACAAUGACUGAAUCUUUGCUGAUGUCACUGUUUACAUUUUUGCUCACUAGCAUAUGACUUAACUCACAGAAGCCACGGCCAUAAAUACAAACUAAAAAAUUCAAAAGUUUAAAGAAUCGAUUAAGUUAAACAAUUUGUGCAAUUUUCAGCUCUUUGCAGGCAAUAUUGAAGGAAAUAUCAGCCAUCAAAAACUGCGAAAUUGCUAGGUGGCAAAAAAGUUGAAAGGAGAUUUCUCUGGCACCAUUCGGUAUAUUGGGCUCAAAUUUUUAGAGAUAACUGAAAUUCUUAUGCUCUUCCAGUAUUCAGAGGUUUUAUUUUAUUAACUUCAUAAGAUAAUAGUAAGAAUGUGUUAAUGAGGCAAAAAAUGUAAACAAAGAUGCACCUAUAGCCACCCUUGUAAUUAGAGGAAAAGAGUGAAUCCAAACACUUGAAAAAGCUUUAGAAGAAUGUAAUACCUUUCCUUCUCGAGUCACAACCUAAUAUAAAUCUGUAUUUCCAGUGCUGGAAGUUAAGUGUUCAAAUGCAGCAAGGCUGUCAUUAAGGGAUGGGGCCGGGGAUUCCCCCAGCUACUGUGAGCACGAUCCUGGGCUGCUUUCAUAGGAAACAAAAUGAAAUCUAAAGGACCUCCAAAUUGUUCAAUUCCCUGCCCACUUAAUGCAUAUAUACUUGGCAACUUGAAAUCCUAGCGACAGCUCUGUGGAGUCUCUGUCUCAGAUGAAUCAGCAGGAGACAAAUUUUGGCCCAUAAUUCAUUUAUUAAUGACCACCAGACCUACCUGAAUUAUCCAUCUCAGAGGGACAAUUCAUCUUUAGUAUAGAGUGCUUCCUAAGCUAAUAAAGUUAUUUUAUUGGUUUUACACUUACAGCCUUUCCAACUGGAGGAUUUUCUCACAGUUUUGGUUUUGAAUCAGCCACCAAACAUGGCUUUGUGACCGAUUUCAGUAAGUGUUUAACUUAAUACAAUCAAACCUGUAUUAAGCGGAACUGUAUUAAGUGGUCACCCUCUAUUAAGCGGUCACUUACCAAAGUUCCAGAAAUCAUUUUUCCUAAUUUUCAAGUUAUUUUUUUAUUGUCUUUACCUCCAUUAACCCUUUAAGCCCUGAGAGUGAUCAGCAUCAAAUUUCUCCUUGUGAUAUCAAUGCUUUGUAAAACAGAGUGGUUAUGAGAAUUACAGACAUGAUCACACAAGAUGAAUUUCCUUGAUAUCUUAUCAACUUCUCUCCACUACUUCGGUAGGAAAUGAAUAGGGGCAACAAAUGAGAAUUCAAAUUUUGAUCUCAGGGUUUAAAGGGUUAAAUGGUCACUUUCAGUUUCAGAUCCAGGGGAGAGCCCCCCUUAUUUUUAGACCAAACUGGGGCCCAAAAGGCUAAAAAAAUUUUUUCGGAGUCUGCCCCCCUGCUCUUAUUUUAGGGUCUGGUUGACCAUCCCCCCCCCCCCACCCCUUAUAUCAAGGUCUGGAUCCAGCUCUGACUUUGACGAGAUGCACCUUACUGGUGCAGCAGACAUAGUGUGCAUAUCCUUUAAUAGUGGUCUUUUAUUCCUUUCUUUUGACACAAUAAGAGGUAUCUCUAAACACUUUCAAGUCAAUUUGUUGUGCUGUUGAUAGUUAUUUUGCUCUUUCACCAUUUUCAUUUACUGGAAUAACUCUUAGGCUCAUCAAACAUGUAUUAAACAGUCAAUCUGUAUUAAGUGAUCAGUACAUCAUUUUUGUUUAAUGAUAAUAUAUAGUAGCAUCAUUGUUUUCUUAUAAAGCUGAAAGACAGAAGGAAUAAAACAAUAAAGGGAAAUGUUGAACUUAGGACAUAUUCUAGCGAGAUAUUGUUGGGUCAAGUCUCUUUGCUUGUCUAUUUAUACCAGGUAACAUAACGUUGGGGCAAAUAUUUCCUAGUGACAAGUUUUACAAAGUCCAGUUUCUACAGCAUUUGCCAAUGCGGGAACAUAUUGUUGGGAGGGAACCGUUAGCUAGUCGUAGAUAACAUCCAGCCUGGGUGCUGUGUUUAAGCAUCAGAAGAACAGCUUAAAACAUUUUCUCAUGGGUGCAGGCUUUGUAAUGUCCAUUUUAUCCUUUUGCAGGUGCCUUUAGAGUUUUUGUUUUGUCUUGCCUUCAAAAUGCAGGUAUAAAAAUCUUUACCAUAACUUAAGCCCAGAUAUUGUCAAAUAGGUUUGUUUAUAUAUUUUAUAUAUUUUUCUUUUAAUAAACCUUGUUUUUAACAUUUUUUUUUCAGCUUUUAUCUGGAACCCCAUGACUACCAGAUUAAUUAUUUUAAAAUAUUGAUUUAGUUGUCAGUAUGGAAUUUUUUGGGCUGAGUCACAGACAUCUCUCCUGCGAAACGUCCCUGGUAGAGUGUAGUAAGGAGAGAUGUUUGUAUUCACAGGCUAGGUGAGAGUAGGCUACAACUGAUUCAGAGUGAUGUCUCUUUCAGCUUCAUUUAGCCUUCCCUUUGUGAAUGAGUCACAUAAAGAAUGUCAUAACGAGGAGAGAAUCAUAGAGCUUGAUGGGAUCAUUCAAGCAUAUCUCAGCAACCAUGUGGCUAACAGGGCAAGCAUCAGGCAGGUCAUAAUGAUUUAAAUUUGUUAUUGUAUCAGUUGUUUUGGAAUGCAUUUAAAGAGCCACUAGUGGGCCACUAGCUUAUCAGUUUUUCAUGCAGCUUUCAGUGUUACCCGUCUAAAUUAAGUCUCGAUCCACUCAUUAAACUAGAUAAUGUAGUAUGUUUGAUGGGCAGAUUGAGGAAGUUAAUUUGUGCAUUCUUUUAUAAACAGUACAGAUGAUUACUUCUUUGGAAAUAUGGAGUGUCGAUUAGUUUGACUGGUGUCAUUCAAAUUAAAGUUCAAGUGAAAAAUGUGUACCUGUCAGCUUCAGUCCCUUUGAAUUCAAAUUCGAUUUCCUUUGCAAUCCUCCAGUUAUAGCUUCAUUGGAAAUUUUGAGUGUUGAUUGGUUGAUUUAGCUGGUAUCAAGGAAAUUAAAAUUCAAGUGCAAAAUAUGCACCUGUCAGCUCCAGUAGCUUGGAAUUCAAAGUCAUAUUUCUAUGAUUUCCAAAACAUUUUUGUGGUUUGAACCAGGACACUGGUUUUAAUAAAUAUUUUUCCAAGUGUCAAAAUCACAAAGCUUCUUCCCAUGGACAUAAACAGUUGAGUUUUGUGCGGGGUAGUUGAGGACUAUUAAAUUUAUAUAAUACUUUUAUAUACAGGGAGUGUCUUUGCUUGGUACAGCUUGCAAGACAUUUGAAAAUGAAGAAAUGAAGAGCAUGGAGGUGAGUUACAAAUUGAAGGGGUACAUGGGAAAGAAACCUUUAAGACGGAAUCCAUUAGGAAAUUGAGUAAUUUUACUUUCCAGUUGACGAAAACCUUGUACCAGAAUAAUUUCACGCAUACUGUAAUACUGGAUCCUUUUUUACACUUUUUGAGGGCUAUAAAUGUAAUAAGUUAUAAGAAAUAACUCUAAAGUUCUUAUGGGAGUCGUAGAAAACAAACUUCGAAAGCUUCAAAUUUCACAAAAUGAAUUCUUACACAUUACAAGUUUUACCUGUGUUUUCUCAAUUCCUGUGAAGUUGAAAUUUAUUUUCUCUCAGACUGCCAUAAAUAUGGUUUUUCCCCACUGAACAUUAAAAUUACUCAAUUUCCUGUUGGAUUCCAUGUUAAUAACUGUAGGUAAACUACCAAAUUCCCUUUUGAAAUUGCCUAGAGCCCAUUGUGGUUAGUAGCGAGUUUCCAUUGUAUUUCAGUGCUGGAAUCCUCAAAUAAAGCUGCUAGUUUUAACCCUGUAAAAUUCAUCAAAAUUUUGCAAAUUUCGUUUUGUAAUAAACUGAAAAAAAGCACUGUGUGAAAGUGCUCCUUAGGCCCAGUUCAUUUGUCAAACUCUUCAUCACUUAACUUAAUAACUUUUUGGGUCAACCCAAAUGAUACAAGUUCAACAGUUGAUGCAGACGUCAAACUUAAUUUGUCAAACUCAAUUUAUUUUUACAGUUUGCAAUGAUCUGAAAUGUUUACCAAUGAAAAUAAACUACAGUUAUUUAUGCAUUAGGUUUAGCACAUGAAAAGCAAACCAAGUCGAAAUUUCCAUGUGGGCCACUUGAACUUAAUUCAUGGGUCGAUCAAAAUUGGAUAUGUUGGACUUAAUUGAUUCAAGCGUUGAUCUCUUCGUGUACUUAAUUGUAGGGAUUGGGUUUGGUACAUGAAAAUAUUGACAUUUGAACUGGGCAGAGUUUUGUCCAUGCAAUCAAAAGUGAGAAACCAGUGGCAGAUCAAGGGGGUGGGUCUGGGGGUCCGGGGGUCCAGACCCCCCCAUCCGAACUGAUGCUUGUUUGAGCAGUAUUCUUUUAGCAAAGCAGUAUUUUCCGUACCAACGGUGACUUGCGUUCACAGAUUGAGAAACAUGUGUUUGUCUCUGUGAGAAGUAAUUUUUAAAAAGUUCAACAUUUCUUUCUGAACCAAAGUUUGGACCCCUUGCAGAUUGCUUCUCUUGCCACUUGAAAUGGAGAGCUUGCUUGUAGGCUACCUUUACCUAUAAAAAGAAAAGGACAACAACACACCACCUACAUGAAAGAAGAUUUUAAAUUCAGAUUUAGCAAGUGAAACAAUCUAAUUCACACGGUCUAACAUGAUUCCUCCUCUUGUUUGACUGAGUUUCAUUUUUUACACUUUUCCCAGAUCAAACUUGAAAACAAGCACCUGCAUGGACAUUUUGCUGUAAUGUUUGGCUUCAUAUGUGGUCUGCUGAAGCUGUCACUCAUUAAAACCCAACAACUUUUUCUUUUUUCUACUCUGCGUACAGUGAUUGCCAGUGCUGUCAGACUUGGUAAUGUUGGCCCUUUACAGGUGAGGUGAACCCAACACUGAUGUAUUUUGCUUUCUUUUAGAACUUGUUAAUUCACUUAAUGAUAUUGCUAAAUCCGCUAGCAGCGGGCAAAGUGAAGCAAAACUUGUUUUAAUUGGCUGCCUGAGAUGAGAUGAACCCAACUUGCCCGAUUGGGUUUUCCUGCAUUGGUUCAGCAAGAAAACUUCUUUUUUGGCCAUAAAAUAAAUCUUUUAUUGACCAAGAUGGCUAGAUAUUGGCCUUGGCCAGCCAUGAAGGCUAGUUAGUUAUAUCCGCUGAACUUGGAAAGUUUAUGGUGUUCAGCACUUCAAUUUUGUCCAAAAAUAUGUUUUUCCUUUCACUUUAAACCAGAAAAUAUUUACCAGGGUCUUCUCAGUCCCCCUUUUUGCAGUAAGCUCAAAAUGCUUCUCACACAUAACUAGGAGCCAUGCCAAGCCGACAAUCAACACCACAAGUCAUUACGCGUAGUAUUACAGCACAAAAAGGCGAAUGAACGGCUGACAAGAAACUAUUACUAAUUACAAUAGCAACAGAACUACAGCACUACUUUAAAUGCUAAAACAGCCCCCAAAACACAUGAAGGGUAGGUGGGCGUGGCGGGUCAGGCAACGGGGGAUGGCAACAAAUUCAACUUGCAGCAGCUGCAUCUGGCAAGAGACCUACUUUCGCUUGAUAAAAAUCUACUUACACAAUACUGUUGGCCAUUAUAAAUGUUUCUACGACUUGCUGAUCAUUUUUGUACUUCAAGUAACAUAAAGGCACACCCCAUUAAAACGAAAACUGUAUCUUCUGAUGUUUAAAGCAAAGCAACUAAUAUGUAGUUUGUCGUCCGUGAGAAUAACUAGACAAUUCUACAAUUUUUUCAGCAUAUUAGCACUGUAAUAUUUGUAAGUAGUUUUUAUCAGCAAGUAAACGUGCCAUAUUAGACAUUAGACUGAUAUUUUUAUGCCUUCGGGUAUGGAUAGACGAACAUGUUUGCCAUGUAUUUUUAAAGUUGACCGUGAUUUCCCUGGUAUCGUAAUCAGGGCAGAUCUAGGUAAGCCAGGCCCCUACCUUAAAUUUAUGCCAAACUGAGGCCCGCCGUGCCAAGAAAAAUUAUUUUCGAGGCCAGGCCUCCUUUUAUCCCAGGGACUGAAUAAGCAGGUCCCUCACUUAAUUAAAGAUUUGGAAAUUUAAGAUAUUUUCCAAGUCAAUACGUUCGAUACUGCUAAGUUUAUGUUUCGCUACCACAAUGAUUUGCUGCCUCCACUCUUCCUCAAUCUGUUCAUCACUAACAGUCAAGUCCAUAUAUAGAUAUGACACAAGAACAGCCGGUAAUUAUCGAGUUCAUUCCUGUCGUACGAACAUCAAGAAAUUCACAAUUCUUUACUGAGGACCAAGAAUCUGAAACUGUCUUCCCGCAUUUAUUACAAACUCGUUAAGCUUUUCUUUCUUUAAAAGCUAAGUGCUAGAGUUUUUAUUAAAAUAGUUACUGAAAAAGUUGAGCCACACUCCUUUGCAGCCCUUUUUUCUUACAAUAUUGUGAUGUAGAGGCGGCCAGCCUGGUGGUUUCUUGAGGUUUCCUCGCCUAACAACUUGCUGUAUCCUUUAAAAUUUAUUCUGAAACAAAGGCUAAUGAAUGAUUAUGACGAUGAAAAAAGAUCUGAAUUCGCAACUGGUAAUGUCUUCACAGUUCUAUCCGGUAACCUAGCCGUUUCUUUGAAGUAAGCGGUUAUUUAUCCGUAGCUAUCCGUACCUACGUCUACAAGUAGGUCCGUCAGACCUGUCCCCUUACUUUGAGUUUCAUUUCAGAUUCCUAUUAUCUUUCUUGAUGCUCUACCGCCGCAGGAUAGGUUUAGCUAAUACAGCCCUUGGCUCGCAGAGCGGGACGUCGUGAGUUGGAUCCCUGAGGCGGGACCAUUACUUACGAUGUUAACCGAGAAAGACGGUACUGCAUUUUCCCUGAAAACGGCGUGGCUUUCGUGUGGAUGACCGCGGAUAAAUGAUCGUGUGCCCAACAGGCGACGUAGAAAACCAUGUCCUCAAUUAGGGCUUGUGAUAAAUACAUUGACACUCACAUAAUGUUCGUGUUGAUUAGGCUGUAAAGUUCACUCUUCAUCGGAUUCGCUCUCAUCAGAACUCGAGACAAAACUGUAUGCGAAAGUGGGAUUUUCCUUGAGGAACUCUUCAAUUUCGUCGAUAAUUCUAUAUUGCAAGUGAAGAAACUUCAGCUCAACAUCAAGCUCCGUCAUGCAUUCUUGGUACUUUUCUGAUGUUGUGAAGGAUUUUUCGAGGAAUUUGAUGAUCUCUAUAACUUUCUGGUGUUGGAGAAGAGAAUUCGGAACGGGAAGUGGCUGCCCAUAAAUCUCGUCUGACAGAACAAGAUACUUAAGAAUCUCUGACAUCAAGAUUGGGUGCGUUUUCGAAUUUUCCAUCAAAUCCAUUAAGUUUUUUUCACUUGGAAGUUUGCUUGGUGGAUCAAGCUUUGCCAUCAUUUGGGCAUUCAGUGACUCAAGCCACACGUUGAUAACGUAGAAUGGUUUGUAGGUGAACAUGAAGUUCACGGGAAAGUCUGACGUCGUCUCAAAUGUUCUUGAUUCUAAAUCCGGUCCCUCGGCCAUGUGCUCAUCAAAAAUGGAAAAACCAUUUUCCAGUGAGACUCUCCGGCUGUGAUCAUCCAUUUGUUGAAGAGUGUUGCAUCCAGUGAUGAAGUAGUGCUGGCAGUACUUGUUCUUCACGCAGGUUCUCAGUUCUUCCAUCAAGUCUUUCACCCGGUCGCCAAUCGUUCCAUUGGUCCACUGGUCAGUAGGUACAGUUUCAAGAGCCCAGAGGAAAAUCGUUUUGGCUGUGUAGGUAGUUAUCACAGAUUCUAACUUGAUAUAUCUUGAAAACAGGUACUUGAAAAUGAGGUAGCACAUCUUCUGUUCUUCGGUGAUUGAGGUCAUCAGUGUCCUUUCCGCCAAUGAAAAUGAAUACCUCCACUGGGUAUUUGGGGUUACGCUGUUUGUUAGAAACUCGUUUCCCAUCUCACGUUUGCUCGAUGUUCCUGCACAAUUCCCUGACGUGUCACUCUUGGGGACAUCGUGGCAUCCAUCCAUCACGGCGUCGGGGUUAAUAUUCGUCUGGCUCUCUAGCGCAGCACUUUUUUUCGCGGCCUCUUCUGCGUUUACGUUGUGACUCGAUGUUUCUGAAUCUUUUCCCGAUGCUUCAAAUUUUGGCACAACAUGACAUCCAUCUUGCAUCACCUUGUCUAUGAGCUUCUGUGAUGGCCAUCCAGAUGGUCUGUCUCGACUUGGCCAUUCCUUAGCGCAGCUGGGCCAUUCCUUGCAAGGCACUGACAAGCUGACAUCCUCAGUGAGAUAAAGAUGCGUUCCUUUCUUACCCAAGUCACUCAUGCACAUGACAACAUGAACCGCUGGACCAGCUUGUCCCACGUACUGAAGGUAGUCAUUUAGGGAUAUGCAGUCUUCAGCAUCGAAUACAUUGCCGUUCUUAUGAUGAUGCUGAAUUCUAUAGACAUUCAUUAUAGCUGUUAUGAUUGUAAGUAUGUUGUACAUUUGUUCAAUGAGCAGCUCUGAAGACAAAAGCUUGAGGCCGCGAUCAUGUACACACAGAUUCUCCAGACCAAUUAUUCCCUCCACAUUGGCAGGAGUUGAUAGGUCAACACGUCCAGAUGACACAGAAGGAAUAAUUUUCAGCUGUAAUGGCAUGUCCGGGGAGUCAUGAUGAAUAUUUUGCUGGGUAUUCUCACUCGCUGUUAUAUUUGUAAAACAGAGGUUGUAAUCACAUUCAAAGGAAAGACCAACGUCUCUCAUGAUGUCUUCUUCAGAGUCUACAGGCUGUCUAAUGGGUUGUAUGAUUGGUACAUCUUCUGGCAUGCUGCCCACGCGUUCAGCAACAAACCUCUGAUUCGCUAAGAAGCAGUUAUCCAAAUCAAGCAUUCCGCUGUGCUGCAGAAGCUUUUGUGUUGUUCCAGGCAGAAGUUGCUUCACUACGCUCUGUAGGUUUGUUUUGGCAUGUCCAAAGCAAAUCUUCUUGACGACGGUUGCCAUCGUGUAGACGUUAAAAUUCCAAGCACUGUAAGGGACACCCUCUGGAUAGUCGACUUCAAAAGGACCAUCAUCUGACCCUGCAGUGGCCAUUGCAACUAAAGAAAACCAAAAAGAAUCCGUUAUUUGUUAUGUAUUAAUAAUACAGUAGUAUGCGUCAUUCAGUUGACACUCCGACAACCCGACCUCCGUGACAUUCCUGGGAAUUUAACAUCGACCCGCUCUUUAAGGGGGCAGUCCCCUUUUUUGGGGGGGGGGGGUGAUGUUGAUUUGGGAAAGAAAUAAAUUAGAGUAGAAAAGGAAUGUACAUAAUCUCUGUUAGUCCGCUUAUGGGCUCAGAGGCACCUUGUUGUGGUGGUGGACAAUCUGGUAUUCACUUCAUAUUUUAAUUUUUUUACAACCCCCAAAUCCAAUAUUUUCCAAUUUUCCAGAAUUUUAAACAUCCCUCCUAUUUUUGUACAUUAAAAACAUUCACAACAUCAUCCAAAAAAUCUCAAAAACAUUAUUGAACCAAGGACUCUUAACUAAGUGAGUCAUCUUUUGAUCGAAUGAAAUCUUGGCUAGAUAAGAGCGCAAAUUAAAGAAAUACAACGCUUUCAACCAGACUGUCCCUUAAACACUGUUAUUUCCCCCACCGGGGAUAAAAUAUUGGGUUUACAGUGUCGUAUAUAUAGCCCUAGCCUAUAGCAGAGCAUCAGUAUUUUAGAAUAAAAUAAAACACAACUCAAUCAGGCUCUCUGUUAUCAGACGUGUUUCAGGCCGCAUCAGACGUUCUUAUGUGCUUAAUGGAAUUCCUACAGCGAUAUUCCAAGCUCAACUAUAUCUAUCUCCAAUAGCCCGCCAUCUACUGAAAGUUGAUCUUGUGAAAAUAGGCCAUUUGAGUGAACGUGAGGCUGAGGUUGACUUUGUUUUGAUUCAAACCUCCUUCCUUUUGUAAUGGAAAUUAUGCUUAAAAUAAUACUUGUUAGCAUAAGAGCAACAUCAUUUUCAUAAUAAAGGAGAAAGGUUUGUUUCAAAAACAAGGUCAAUUCCAGCCUCUUUUCCUGACGUGUAAUUGUAAAUGGGCUAUUGGCCGGCAGCAUAUGGUAAAUUUCGAUAAUGCACCUGUGUAUUUGAUAUCGAACACAAGCAGGCUUCUAACACAGGUCAGCAUUAAGAAGUUGGAAUAUUGUUCGGUGCAGCCCUUAACUCUCCCGUUAAGUUUCAGGGGCCAUCUUGAGAAAGACGUAUCGGCUUCAAUUCAGUCCGUUUCGAAUGUGUUCUGUUAAAUCACCGCCCCAGGACCCCGGUGCAAUAGACAUUUUGUUCAGUGUUAUGGCUUCCGGGGGCUAACGUCCCGGCCUUGGCCACGUUAACCCUUUUGGUCCCAAGAAUGACCAACAUCAAUUUUCUCCUAACAAUGAUUACCAAAUGGAGAAUGCUUUGAUUUUAAGCCAAAUUCUCUCAACUAUUCUUAAAAGAAAUGUAUCGAGAUCAGUCCGGAGAAUUUGGAUGUGGAUCUUGGGGCUUAAAGGGUUAAAUUCCUUCUAUGUCCCGGGGUCAGAAUUGACUGAUGGAUUAUGUUGUUUGAGGGUGUCAAACCACAUGUCACGAAAUGCGAUCUUUUUGGCAUCUUCGACUGUGGAUUAGCCAGCGUUUUCUUGGUGUCUUGAGGCCGAUCAAGCCUAAAUUUUAAAGCUUUCCUUUAUUUUGAGAAAGUGAGUUACAGGAAAUGUACACAACAACAGUCAACGACCAGGUAGAUCUUUAAUCCUCCAAAUUCUUGCUUGUUGCAAGAAAAUAAAAAAAAUGUGUCACGCAAUGUUUCGGAUGUUUCAGCUUGGUUGAAAAAGGAAAAAUGAAGCGAGCUACUUAAUUACGUGAAAUGGCUCAUCUUUACCCAUGUUCUUGUUACUUUGGAAGUUUGCUUCCAUUCGGACAUCUGCGCGCGUCACAGUCAGAGUUCGUUAUACACGACUGUCACAACUCAAACAAAUGUAGAUACCACACUAGGGAUGACAAUAAAUCGUCCUAGCCGUAAAUAAGAUUUUGACGCGAUUAAACUGUUUAGGACCGGGCUAAAAGGGGCGGGUGUAUGUCUCUCAGUUCUUGAAAAAAGACCCUGGAUUCUCUAUGAGUUUGACUUGAUUCUCAGAAUUUACUGAACUUGGCACAACUGCUCAAGAUGCGUUUCUUGGUAUGGUAAACACGAACUAAUCAAACGAAUGAAAGCCUGUUAAAAAUAAUACUCUACAAUAAUACUCGCUUUUACGUGUACAGUGUAUUAGUCGUUGACUAUAUUAAGUUCUUUGCUGUGCGAAAAUCAAGCUCAGACUUUUCGUAAAACGUUAAGGAGACGAGUAGUAACUAGAAGUACUUUCUUAGAAAUUGAGACAAUCGAGGUCCCGAAGGCGGAAGGAAAAAACACAGUGACUAAAUGGAAAGAAAGUUGUAGUUUUUGAAACUGAGUCGUUACCAUUACUGCCUGACAGUGCUGCUACCUUAACACAGUACAUUAACUCAAAAAAUUAAGUGAAACUUACUCAGAGUAACUUAGAAGAUCGCUGGUAGAUUGCGGAAGUGAGAUGCUUGUCAAUGUCGAGAAAAUGAUUAACUUCGAAUUCUGCGACAUGGACUCAGUCCCAGGUCGGCCGGUUUUCGCAACGGUCGCAGGGUCUUAGUAACGAGCAUAAGACCAAUGUUGUUACCAAUGUGGAGAAAAGAAGCACGGUUUGCGAAAGGGUUAUUGGUCUUGGUUGAAGGUUAUUGGUUAUUGGUUAAAGGGUUAUUGGUCUUGAGGAAAAUAAGUAGAUAUUUAAUUAAGUAGAGAACUGAAUCAAUACAUAAAUAGUCCAUCCUGCAAGUACAUCUUCGUCUUCUUGAUUUUCGUUUGAAGAAUAUUUUAACUUGAGCUGUGAAAAUGCUAACACUUGAUUGGUGCUUGUCAAUGAAUCGCCAGUUACAUAGCUAUUGGCAGAAGCAAAUUACACAAACAUCCAUUGCAUGAUCCGAUCGACUCCUGCCAUUGGUAUCAUUCUAGAACCACGGACAUUGCUAUAGAAACAGGUUAUCGUUAUGCACUAACUAAAAUACCUUAUCAAAUUAACAUAUGUCAGAGGCACCCAGCGACUUUAUUCUGUAAAAUAACUGUUCGAGGGAGCAAACAUUGCCUAGAAAAUUCUAAAGCUUGAGAAAAGCUAACAUUUUCUGGAUAACCGUUCCAUUCGUCUAAAAUAUUCGGAGGUUUUCUAUAACAGCUUAACUACGAUUUUCGGAGGUUGUGUUAGUCGCAUUUUGAUACCAAGAUGUUGCGAUUAUUGUUGAAAAAGGUCUCGUAAAGCUUUCGGUAUUAAGACAAAACUUCCCCUAAAAUUUUCUAGUGAUAGCAAGGCUACUUCAUGUCCUCGAACUUUCAACCGGACCCAUAAGGGUAGCUAACACUUUCGGAUGAAACGAAAAAGCGACCUAAAAAUUUCGUGACAAAGACAUCCGAACAGGUAAACAGUUUUUAGGGCAACUUCAAAUUAACCAAACAGGCUUCUAAAGGAAAGAGAAAACUAUCCGAAACACUUGUGGCGUUUUUAGAAACAAGAAAGCUCUGUGCACCUCCAAGUUCCAAGAAGCCAACACCGUAGGGUUAAUACCCAGGGCUUUAAAAUAGUUUUAUUAAUUUUUUUAAAUACAAAGUAGCAAUUUAAUGUAAAAAUGGCUUCAAUGUUAAUGGUAAUAUUAUAUACGAAAUUUUAAGCUUUUUCAAUGCUUUCAACUGUACGUUUUCUUAGUUUUAAGCAUGUUUUUUUUCUGCUUAAAACAUAGUAAAGACUAGCCUGAGAAAACAGCCGACAUUUGGCGACGCUACCACCGGUUUCCCCUCUAAAUGACGUCUGAGAAACGAGCGCAGAAAUUCCAUACGGAUGACGCGUCACUACGCAGAUCUGGGUAGUGCUUCUGAUUGGUUGAAUCAAAUUUUACACGCGGCACGACCAGUCAGAAGCUCUACCCAGAUCUGGGCAGUGACGCGUCAUCAGUAUGGAAUUUCUGCGCUUGUUUCUCAGACGUCAUUUGACGGGGAAACCAGUGGUAGCGUCGCCAAAUGUCGGCUGUUUUCUCAGGCUAAGUAAAGACCUUAUUUAAAAGACUUUUUGUCCACCUUAGGCCCAGUCUUUCCAGUUUAAAAUGCAGAAGAAAGCUGAGGAAAUAAGGAAGAAGUGAGUAUUGCAGACAUCAUUUAAUAGGCCGUAUUCGUAUCACCCGUAAUAGACUUUAACUAGCUUGUAUUAGAGUAUGGCUGGGAAUUAGCAGGGGACAAGGAAUCUUCCUCCUCAUAUUAGCCUUGGUUUGCCGGCUACAAUCUAACCUGUCAUCUGACGUUAUGUUUCUUGUACCCUGGGUUCCAGAGACUUUUCAUGCGCGGUUUCUGGUUUCGGUCAAUCGGUCUUCGGCCGAAGAUCUGUCUGUCGGCCAAAGGGCGACACUGAAGCAUCCCGCCGCCCGCGAGAAAAAAUCCUCCGGUUCUCAGGGUAUCUUUCUUGCGCUCUCAAAGUAGAAUCGUCUGCUUCCUGGGCAGCUACAAUUUUUGUUACAAAUGUCGUAACGCUUACUAUCUCUUUCUUCUCCCUCAGUUCUCGGAUUUCCCUCCCGGAUCUCCCUCAGUCCUUUUCUAUGUUCCAAAACAACACUUGGUGUGUGUGUUUAUGCAGGUGGGGGAGGGGUCAAUUCCGUUACUCGUAGGGGGAGGGGGUCAAUUCCUGUACUUUUGUAUCACUCGUGCAUGUAUCCCGUAAGGGUCGACACGCAACGCUCCUUCCUACUAAUUUAAUAGGUAGACACAUUGUGUGACGACCGUAAAAACAGGAGACUAGGGUAUCUUGUAUUUUCGGAAAGUGGUAGUAGCUGUUUAGACCAGUAGCAAAUCUUACUGGCUUAACAGUGCUUUAGCUGUUUAUCUUGGUUGAGAUUAAGUACCCAGUUUAAACCGUUUUUCCGUUAAAUCUCUCCUAGGUUCGAAAAUGUCACCGUUGAGGAAGCAACAAUAACAGCACCAGUGGCAGACUUCCUACAAGGCGCACAUGAUAACUUGUUUUCCAAACUGUUUUAUUCUUAAUAAAUUCACACCCAACAUAGUUUCCUUCCCAGCCUCUUGGGCCUGGGUCACGCAAGCCGGGAGCAUUGCGCGACUCCGGCCUGAGCGGAAGUUAAGUAGACUACUAUCAACAAUGACAAAAAUCAAACUCCAAAGGAUUUUCAAAUCUACAAUUGUAGAUUCCAGGGCUGUCUAAAAAUAGACUGCCAGGGAUACCCUAAAAUAAUACUCCUAACGGUGUCUAAAAAUAAACCAUCAGGGAUACCCUAAGUUAAGCUUCCAGAAGGGUGUCUAACAAUGAACUCCCAGGGAUACCCGAAAAUAAACUCCCAAGGGUGUCUAAAAAAACUCGUAGUUUGGGAUACCCUAAAUUACACUUCCAAGGGGUUGUAAAAGUUAACUCCCAGAGAUACCCUAAAAUAAAUUCCCAAGGGUGUCUAGAAAUAAACUCCUGGGGGUAACCUACUCUAAAUUAAGCUAACAAUUGUAGUUCUGGAAGGUUUGAUAUUGAAUUGUUUAAUUUCCUUAGCCGAGGAAGGUGAGACACGUAAGAUUGGAUACGUUCGUAC